CCAUGGAAAACACUGGUACCGAUGACGGCGUACAAACUGCAUAUAUAGUCGGGGGAAGCCUUGGUGUUGUUGUCGUUGCUGUUAUCAUCGUUGUCGGAUUAAUCAUAUACAUGCGAACCCAAAGUGCCUCUCGAAACCAGCUGGAAUCUUCAAAUAAGAACAAUUCUAACACCGUGACAAUCAAUAAUAUAUCUGAGUCAAACUUGACAAACAUUUACCAGAAUAUUAAUGUAGAAAAUAGCAAGGCUGUGAAACGUAUUAGAAAAUCACCAGCUACAAGGGAACUAAGUAGAGAAUCAAGAGAUGACGAUGUUGACAUUGAUGAAAAAAUUCACAACGAAAACCCUUACGGAGAUGUGUAUGCUAACCAAAAACAAAUACCUGAUAUCUUGAUAAAAGAUUUGGAGAAGGAAAUACAUGAAAAAUCGAAGAAAGAAAACGAUGGUUUUAAUAAGGAAUACGCGACACUUUUAUACGGGGAAAGACACCCAUGCUAUGUUGGAAAACUUCCUGAAAACAUUACCAAAAACAGAUUCAAGACAACUUUUCCUUACGACCAUUCUAGAGUGAUUCUGGUGAACACACAUUCGGACUACAUCAACGCAAGCUUUAUCGAUGGUUUAAAAAAAGAAAAGGCAUACAUUGCAACACAAGGACCUAAACCGACCACAAUCUCCGACUUUUGGUCCAUGGUAUUACAGGAGAACAUUGGUCAAAUUGUAAUGUUAACAAAUUUGAAAGAAGGAACAAAGUUAAAAAGUGCACAAUAUUGGCCAGAUUUACAUGAAACCAUUACUUGUGAGAGAACCACCUUACAUACCACUGAAGAACAACAGUAUGCUCAGUAUGUUGUUCGAAAAAUAAAAAUAUCACACGCAACGCUCAAUGACAGUAGAACAAUAAAUCAAUACCACUAUACUGCCUGGCCGGAUCACGGUACACCAGAGCCACUUUGCCUUUUACUUUUCCAUGAUCACGUGAUUAGAACAAAACCAGGAAGACAAAAUGGCCCAACAUUGGUUCAUUGCAGUGCUGGAAUAGGCAGAACCGGAACGUAUAUAGCAAUAGAUGUUCUGUUUGAGGCAGGCAAAACGGAGAAAAAAAUAAACAUUGCGGAAUACGUCAAGAAAAUGAGACAAAAUCGCAUGAAUAUGGUCCAGACUUUUGAACAAUACAAGACAAUAUUUUUGACUCUCAAUGAAAUGUUUAACGCACCAGCAGCUGUUCUUACUAAAACGGAAUAUCUACAAAAGUUACAAAAACAAAACAAAAAUAUGCUUGGAAAGGAAUUUCAGAGACUUCUGUCUGUCCGGCCUCACUACGCAGAAACCGACUACAAGAUGUCCUCACAUGUUCAUGGUGUUCGAUCGGCAAUUCGUCCUCUUGACAAAUACAUCAUUUACCUGACAUCGAAUGUUCCAAAACGUGGAAGCUACAUUAAUGCCAUCGUUGUACCAUCUUUCAUUAAUCAGAAUGCAUUUAUAAUCACCCAUUUCCCGGCACCAGGGGACACUGUGGACUUCCUUCGACUGAUCACUGACCAUGACUGUGAACUAGUUGUUAGCACAGAACCUCUGCAUGAAGUUGAAUCGACAAAUCAAUGGUUGCCAACCUCGACUACAUCAAAAGCUGUUUCUCCAUUUACAAUUCACUUACAGCAAGAUCACAAAUCGGAGAUAAAGAGUUGUACAAUUGAUAUUGCUCAAAAUGAAAAAAGCAACGAGACCUGGUCGGUCAACGUAAUACAGCCUUCCUCUGUAUUGACAUUGGAUAAUUCACAGACAAUUUCUCAGAUUCUAGGUUUGGUGUCGUUUACACAAAAUAUUAAAACCAACAAUCCCAUUGUCGUCGUCAGCCGUGAUGGGGCUGCUUUUUGUGGCGUGUUCUGUGCUGUAUACAACCUGAUUCAACAGCUAACAAUGGACGAGGCGAUAGACGUGUUUUCUGUGGUCAGACUCCUACAAACAAGACGUCCUGAACUGUGCUCAUCCUUGGAAGAGUAUGGUAUGAUCCACGACACCUUGAAGAGUUUCAUACAGUCGCAAACUGGAGAAAAUGUGUACUAUAACCAGUAGUUUAACCAUGUAAAAUUAGAUUUCAAUAAUUUAAAGUGAUGUUGAUCAUGUUACGCAAAUAACAAAGGUGCUUAAUACAAACAACAAAGCAGCUUAAUACAAACAUAAAAAACAAUGUAAAAUAUUGAGAUAAAAGUUUACAAGUACUUAACGUUCACCAU